UUAUGAAAUCAUACACCAUGCUCCUCCUGUAAAUACCCCAGGAGAACCAUGUCAUCCUGUUCCUAAAACACCUACAAGAAAGGGCACGGUGCUUUUCCAUCAUUUCCAACAAUGGCUUUACUUCCGGUGGCGCUGCUUCUCAUUGCUAUGCUGCUUCCAUCUUUACCUGCUGAAGGAAAGGAUCCAGCUUUUACUUCUUUGUUAACUACCCAAACACAAGUGCAAAUGGAGAUUGUAAAUAAACACAAUGAACUAAGGAAAUCUGUCUCUCCCCCUGCCAGCAACAUGUUAAAAAUGGAAUGGAACAGAGAAGCAACACAAAAUGCCCAAAAGUGGGCAAAUAAGUGUACUUUGCAGCACAGUGGUCCAGAGGAUCGACAAACCACUACAAAAUGUGGCGAGAAUCUCUACAUGUCAAGUGACCCUGCUCCCUGGUCAACGGCAAUCCAAAGCUGGUAUGAUGAGAGCCGUGGAUUUACCUAUGGUAAAGGACCAAAGAAUCCCCAGGCAAUUGUUGGACAUUACACUCAGCUUGUUUGGUAUUCAUCCUUCCGCGUUGGAUGUGGAGUUGCCUACUGUCCCAAUCAAGACAGUCUAAAAUACUUCUAUGUUUGCCAGUACUGUCCUGCUGGUAAUAAUGUGAGUAAAAAGAAUAACCCUUACCAACAAGGAACACCUUGUGCGAGUUGCCCUAAUAACUGUGAAAAUGGACUAUGCACCAAUAGUUGCGAGUUUGAAGAUCUCCUUAGUAACUGUGAGUCCUUGAAGAGCACAGCUGGCUGUGAUCAUGAACUACUCAAGGAAAAGUGCAAGGCUACUUGCCAAUGUGAAAACAAAAUUCACUAAAAUGCCUAGUG